AUGGCUUUCUUUGCUCCAUGGAAAUUAUCCUCUCAGAAACUAGGGUUUUUCCUGGUGACUUUUGGCUUCAUUUGGGGUAUGAUGCUUUUGCAUUUUACCAUCCAGCAACGAACUCAACAUGAAAGCAGCUCAAUGCUUCGAGAACAAAUAUUGGACCUAAGCAAAAGGUAUAUCAAAGCUCUUGCAGAAGAAAAUAGGAACGUGGUGGAUGGCCCCUAUGUUGGUGUGAUGACAGCCUAUGAUCUGAAGAAAACUCUUGCUGUUUUAUUGGACAAUAUUUUGCAACGUAUUGGCAAGUUGGAAUCCAAGGUGGACAAUCUUGUAAUUAAUGGCACUGGAGCAAAUUCGACUAAUACCACCACAACUGCUGUUCCUAGUGGCAUAGCAGCAUUUGAGAAAAUUAGUGUAGCAGAUAUCAUUAAUGGAGCUCAAGAAAAAUGUGAAUUGCCUCCUAUGGAUGGCUUCCCACACUGCGAAGGGAAAAUCAAGUGGAUGAAAGAUAUGUGGAGAACAGAUCCCUGCUACGCAAAUUAUGGUGUGGAUGGAUCCACGUGCUCUUUUUUUAUUUACCUCAGUGAGGUUGAAAAUUGGUGUCCUCAUUUACCUUGGAGAGCCAAAAAUCCCAAUGAAGAACCAGAUCAGAAUUCAAUGGCAGAAAUUCGUACAGAUUUUAAUCUACUCUAUGGAAUGAUGAAACGGCACGAAGAAUUCCGAUGGAUGAUACUAAGGAUCCGACGAAUGGCUGAUGCAUGGAUUGAAGCAAUUAAGUCACUGGCAGAAAAGCAAAACCUUGAAAAGAGAAAACGGAAAAAAAUUCUCGUUCACCUGGGACUUCUGACCAAGGAAUCUGGCUUCAAGAUUGCAGAGAAUGCAUUUAGUGGAGGCCCACUUGGUGAAUUAGUUCAGUGGAGUGAUUUAAUUACAUCUCUCUACUUACUGGGCCAUGACAUUAGGAUUUCAGCUUCACUGGCUGAGCUCAAGGAGAUAAUGAAGAGGGUUGUAGGUAAUAGAUCUGGCUGCCCAACUGUGGGUGAUAGGAUUGUGGAGCUCAUUUAUAUUGAUAUCGUGGGACUCACUCAAUUUAAGAAAACUCUUGGCCCUUCCUGGGUUCAUUACCAGUGCAUGCUCCGAGUGCUGGAUUCAUUUGGUACUGAACCAGAAUUUAAUCAUGCUAAUUAUGCCCAGUCUAAAGGCCACAAGACCCCAUGGGGAAAAUGGAACCUUAAUCCUCAACAAUUUUAUACAAUGUUCCCUCACACUCCAGACAACAGCUUUUUGGGAUUUGUAGUAGAACAGCACCUGAAUUCAAGUGAUAUCAAACACAUUAAUGAAAUUAAAAGGCAAAAUCAAUCCCUUGUGUAUGGCAAAGUUGAUAGCUUCUGGAAGAAUAAGAAGGAGUACUUGGACAUCAUUCACACUUACAUGGAAGUACAUGCAACUGUCUAUGGGUCUAGCACUAACCACAUGCCCAGCUAUGUGAAGAAUCAUGGAAUCCUUAGUGGACGAGAUUUACAAUUUCUUCUCAGAGAAACCAAGUUGUUUGUUGGACUGGGGUUCCCAUAUGAGGGUCCUGCUCCCCUUGAGGCUAUUGCGAAUGGAUGUGCAUUCCUGAAUGUCAAGUUUAAUCCACCCAAAAGCAGCAAAAAUACGGACUUUUUUAUAGGCAAACCAACCCUGAGAGAGUUAACUUCUCAGCAUCCUUAUGCUGAAGUUUUCAUUGGGCGACCACAUGUCUGGACCGUGAACCCAACUGAUCAUCGCGAAGUAGAGAAUGCAGUGAAAGCAAUUUUAAAUCAAAAGAUUGAACCUUAUAUGCCAUAUGAGUUCACAUGUGAAGGGAUGCUACAAAGGAUGAAUGCGUUCAUUGAGAAACAGGAUUUCUGUCAUGGGCAAGUUAUGUGGCCACCACUUAAUGCUCUGCAGGUGAAGCUUUCUGAACCUGGGAAAUCAUGCAAGCAAGUCUGCCAAGAAAACCAACUCAUCUGUGAGCCAUCUUUUUUCCAACACCUCAACAAGGACAAGGAUGUGCUGAAGUAUGAGGUGAUAUGCCACACCACAGAACUGGCCAAUGACAUCCUGGUGCCCUCAUAUGAUGACAAGAAAAAACACUGUGUGUUUCAAGGUGAUCUUUUGCUGUUUAGCUGCGCAGGAGCCCACCCCAAGCACAAGAGGAUAUGCCCUUGCAGGGACUACAUCAAGGGCCAAGUAGCUCUCUGUCAAGACUGCCUAUAGCAGCAAAAGUCCCAGACCCCAACUGAUUCGACUGGGAAGGAACAUAGCUGGGGGCAGGGAGGGCUAGAGCAGCCCAAGGACUGGCCCAACUGCCAGAACUCUUUGGUGUCUUAGUUUAGAUGUUGGUUUUGCUACGGGCGGAGUUAAAACAACAAAAUGGAGCUCUAAACGGCAACAAAGUAGAGACAGUGCAGUUGACUGACUUCCUCAUGGUCAGGAUUUUUUAAAAAAAAUCUUCAGUGAGCAACUGUGGUGAGGCUUUUCCAAAACCAUUCAGUUGCUCUUGGGUAAAAAGAAAAAAAAAUGAAGUUCCAUACUUCAUUAAAAAAAAAAAGUUAAGACCAUCACGAAGAAUCUUGUGUGGGAAAAAUUCCUAAAUCCAUUAACUUAUUUAUUUGUGGGAGGGUUAGGGAGGGUUAGGGAAGGAAGGGAAUGAAUAAUGCAUUUUUUUUCCUUCUACUGUCCAUCUUCUAGUUUCAUUAAAUAGCAUUCCAGUCUAGUUUGGGAUGGUGGAGGAAGGGAAAGAAGUGCCAAGAAUUUGAUGUACAGCUGUAGUCAGGGAAACAGAUUGAGUGGAGCUAGAGCACUGAGUAGGUUCCCAAAGAACUACAAAUCAUUGAGCAGACAAAAGUCUUUGCUGUUUAAAACCAAAUGGUACACACUCCAAGGCAUCAUUCAGUUUACCUGGAUAUCUCCUUAGCAAAGGUGAGAGACAGGGCUCAGGCUACUGGAAAAAGUAUUAGUUUGUUAUUGGCAAUAGCAGAGCUUGGGGAAUUGCCCUUAAGGGCCUCAAGUCUAAACCCAUCAGGCAGUACAGUUUUACUAGAAAAAUAUCUCUCUCUCUCUUGCCCCUCAGCUCCAGGAAUCUAUAUAAGCAAUGCAAGGAGUCAAUGUUGUAUGAACAAUAUUGAUGUUUGCUUGCCAGUUUGUUCUAUUUUCCCUUCACCUAAAGGUUACCGGAUGGGAUGGGAGAUGAGAAGAAAAACAGAAAGGAUCAGAUUGAAUAACCCACCCUAAGACUUAAAGACUUACUAGCCUCUUACUCUGAGGGAAAUAAUUGAUGUGAAAUCAUAUGGGCAGGAGUAAUGUUGUAACUUUGGGAAAGGAUCAGCUUACUCCUUCCUGACCAGAGCACAUUCUAAAGAUCUCAGGUUGGGUGAUACUUUCCUGAGGGUCUAGUAUUACAGAGAUCAGGGAGGAAAGAGACAGGACAGGCUUCUUUAGAAGAAUAAAUAGCUGUAAAUUAUUACACUUGAAUCUUCACUUUUGGGGGUCCUCAAAGGGCAACAUUUGGUUUUGGUUUUGUGGGACAAAAAGAGGUCUUUGUGGAUCCUUGUUGAAAAGCCAAAAAGAAAGUGUGAAUGGAUAGAACACAGAUAACUUUGCCUGUAUAGGUAUCCAUGAGGGCUUCACCUCCUUUAGCCCUAGGGCUCCCCUCACCCAGUAAUUCAGGCUGCCCAGACCUAUAUCACACUGUUGGCUUUUUGAUUUGG